UUUACGAUGAAAUUGAUUUAUUUAUAUUUACAAAUUAUAAUACAUUUUUGCUUUAUUGGUGUGCUUUUUCACCUGGGUAACGUUCACUUACGAGUCAAAGGAUGUGCAAUUUAUAGUGUAUUCUUAAUACAAUAUCAAACUAUCAAUAGAUGAAACAUAAGAUAUUACAAACAAUGCUUUGAAACUAAAAAAGUGAUAGCUAGUCUAACUUUUCCGGUAAAAGUCAAUGACCAACAGGAUAAAUUCAUCUCGACCUAUUUGCGUAAAUAAUUCUUUCUACUUUGCUAAUGCUCUGGAAAUAGUAGUAUUUAGCUCGUUUUUUAUGGUUGAAUUUUUCUUUAUUCUAUUUACUACAAGAAGAACUGAACGUUGAAAUGGCAGUCAACAUGCAAAACAUUGGAAAAAUGAUAACAGAACAGCUGCGGAAUCCUAAUGAAUUAGAUAUCAACCUGAGAAUGGAAUUUGGUCCAUUCGAGACUGUACAUAAAUGGAAACGUAUGUCUGAGUGUUAUGAGUUUGUUGGAGCCAGACGAAGCAAACAUACAGCAGUGGCAUAUAAAGAUGCUAUAUAUGUUUUCGGUGGUGAUAAUGGGAAGUCCAUGUUAAAUGAUCUGAUUAGAUUUGACAUCAAAGAAAUGUCCUGGACUAAGACAGGCUGUAUGGGCACUCCUCCAGCACCAAGAUAUCAUCAUUCUGCUGUGGUCCACAUGUCUUCUAUGUUUGUGUUUGGGGGCUACACUGGAGAUAUACUUGCCAAUUCAAACCUGACCAAUAAAAAUGACCUAUUUGAAUAUAAGUUUCCUAGUGCUCAGUGGGUGCAGUGGAGAUUUACUGGACCGGAGCCAGUGCCAAGGUCAGCGCACGGUGCGGCGGUGUACGACGACAAGCUUUGGAUUUUCGCGGGCUACGACGGCAACGCACGACUCAAUGAUAUGUGGACUGUUAACUUAGUUGGUGAAAAUCGUCAAUGGGAGCGCGUGGAGCAAAAGGGCCAGUGUCCGCCGACCUGUUGCAACUUCCCGGUGGCGGUGGCUCGCGGCAAGAUGUACGUCUUCAGCGGACAGAGCGGUGCCAAGAUCACCAAUGCACUGUUCCAGUUCGAUUUCGAAACACAUACUUGGAGUCGUAUCUGCACGGAGCACUUACUGCGCAGCGCGGGGCCUGCGCCAGCGCGACGUUACGGGCACACAAUGUUGGCGCACAACCGACAUUUAUACGUGUUCGGCGGUGCAGCGGACAGCACCAUGCCUUCAGACGUAUACUGCUUCGACCUCGACACACAAAUGUGGGCAAUGAUCCAGCCGGCGCCGGAGUCCCAGAUACCGUCGGGGCGGCUGUUCCACGCGGGCGCGGUGGUCGGUGAUGCUAUGUACAUAUUCGGUGGUACUGUGGAUAAUAAUGUACGCAGCGGAGAGUUGUACCGCUUCCAGUUGUCUAACUACCCGCGGUGCACGCUGCAAGAAGACCUGGGCCGCAUCCUACGCUCGGAGCAGUUCUGCGACGUGCUGCUGCUGGUGGGCGAGGAGCCGGCCGCAGUACUCGCGCACCAGGCUCUGCUCGCCGCGCGCUCCACCUGCCUGCGCGACAAGAUCAUGGAAGCUCGUGAAGAAUUGUCUGCGCGCGUCGCUGCUGGUGAAGCGAAGCCUCUGGAGCCGUACAACUACCAGGGCAAGCCGGACCUCGUCAUACAUCUGCCUGAAGCAAGACCUGACGCCUUCCGCAUGGUCCUCACUUAUAUAUACACUGAUAGAAUCGAUCCCACUGAGAGAUUGAUCGAGGAAAGGCCAGCAUCCGAUGAUACAAUCCAACUCGUAAUGGAAGUGCUACGUCUGUCACUUCGGCUGAACAUCCCUCGUCUGUGUGGCCUGUGUGCGAAGUUCCUGCGCGGCAACCUUUGUCUCGGGAACGUGCUGAAAGCGCUGCAUGCAGCUCACGUGUCUAACUUGUGCUGCAUCAAGGAGUAUUGCUUACGGUUCAUAAUAAAAGACUACAACUUCACUCCGAUCGUAAUGUCGAAGGAAUUCGAGCAGAUGGAGCGAAAUCUGAUGGUGGAGAUAAUCCGUCGCCGACAACAGCCGCUGCCGCUGAAGCCGCCAGCUAUCGACGCCGCUGAUGACGCACUAGCAGGUACAACACUGGAGCAGGACCUGUGCAUGUUCCUAACGGGCGGGGCGGAGCUGAGUGACGUCACGCUGCGAGUGGGCGGCGUGUCGCGCCCCGCCCACCGCUCCAUACUGGCAGCACGCGCCGCCUACUUUGAGGCCAUGUUCAGAUCAUUCUCACCAAGAAAUAACAUCGUCAAUAUACAAAUCUGCGACUCUGUGCCGUCGGAACCAGCUUUCGACUCGUUACUGCGCUAUAUCUACUACGGCGAGACCAACAUGCCCACUGAGGACUCCCUCUAUCUGUUCCAAGCUCCCAUAUACUAUGGUUUCACAAACAAUCGCCUGCAAGUAUUCUGCAAACACAAUCUCCAAACAAAUGUAUCCCCGGACAAUGUGCUCGCGAUUCUUCAAGCGGCGGAUCGUAUGCACGCGACAGAUAUAAAGGAAUACGCCCUCAAGAUGAUCGCACACCAGUUCGCUGUGGUGAGUCGCAAUGUGGCUCGACAAGAAGCCAUUAAAAAUCUUGCUCAGCCAUUACUAGUUGACAUUGUGUUGACCUUAGCUGAAGAAGGUAAGUUUGAUACUCCUACUCAGACCCAGCCAAGGUGUGCUAUUGCACCCUCCACAUCAGCUGAGCCCAUCAUCUAACCAAAAGGUGCGGGUAAACAUCAAGUUUAGAUUUUAAAAUGUUUGAUGUGUACAAAAAUGUGUUUGACAUGUCAAAGAUGAAGAAAAAGAUAUUAAUGAAAA